UAAAUACCCUAUAUUUCAUGUGGCGCGUUUUUGAGUUUGGUUUUGAUUUUCCGAACGUUUUGUUCAUCAAGAUUAUUUUGAAGAAGUAAGUAGAAGUAGUACUCAGGUUCUUUCUUCUGCAUCGUCUCCUCUUCAUCAGAACUUCUCAAAAUACACUAACAUCAUUAGACAUAAAUGUUAUUAUCACAUCUAAAUAAUAUCUGUUUAAGACGUCCUAGUAAUGCAAACUUUAGACAAGGCAUGUUAUCUUUACAACGUACAAAGAAUUACUGCAUCGCUUUAAAUCCUCAAUGGUUAGAGUUAGCUAAAAAAGAAUUAAAAGGCAAAGAUCCAGAAUGUCUAGUUCAUAAAAACUAUGAGGGUAUUAACUACAAACCAAUUUAUACAACUGAAGAUAUUGUUGAUAUAAAUACAGAAGUACCUGGAAGUUACCCUUAUACACGUGGUCCCUAUGCUACCAUGUAUACACAAAAACCUUGGACUAUUAGACAGUAUGCAGGAUUUUCAACUGUUGAAGAAAGCAAUAAAUUCUAUAAGGACAAUAUUAAAGCAGGUGUUCAAGGAUUGAGUGUAGCCUUUGAUUUAGCUACGCAUAGAGGUUAUGAUUCAGAUAAUCCUCGAGUACAUGGAGAUGUUGGUAUGGCUGGUGUAGCCAUAGAUUCGGUUGAUGAUAUGGCAAGAUUAUUUGAUGGUAUCCCAUUGAAUAAGAUUAGUACAUCAAUGACUAUGAAUGGGGCUGUUUUACCGAUUUUGGCUUUCUUUAUUGUCGCUGCAGAAGAACAGGGUGCAAAACAAAAUGAACUGGCAGGUACUAUUCAAAAUGAUAUAUUAAAAGAAUUCAUGGUUCGUAACACUUAUAUAUUUCCACCAAAACCUUCAAUGCGAAUUAUCAGUGAUAUCUUUGCGUAUACAGCAAAUAAUAUGCCUAAAUUUAAUUCAAUAUCUAUCUCUGGUUAUCAUAUACAAGAGGCUGGUGCAAAUGCUGUCUUAGAAAUGGCGUAUACAAUUGCUGAUGGUAUUGAUUAUUGUCGACUGGGUGUUAAUCAUGCUGGUUUAAAUAUUGAUGCAUUCGCUCCACGUUUGUCAUUUUUUUGGGGUAUUGGAAUGAAUUUCUAUAUGGAGAUAGCUAAAAUGCGUGCUGCACGUCGAGUUUGGGCAAAAUUGAUUAAAGAAAAAUUCCAGCCUAAAUCACCGAAAUCUUUAUUGCUUCGUGCACAUUGUCAGACUUCAGGUUGGUCGUUAACAGAACAAGAUCCAUAUAAUAAUAUUAUGCGUACUACAAUUGAAGCAAUGGCAGCUGUAUUCGGUGGAUGUCAAUCGUUGCAUACAAACUCAUUUGAUGAAGCUCUUGGCUUACCAACAAAAUUCUCCGCCAGGAUUGCUCGUAAUACACAAAUCAUUAUACAAGAAGAGACAGCUAUCACUAAAGUCGCUGAUCCAUGGGCUGGCUCAUUUAUGAUGGAAAAGCUAACUAAUGAAUUGGAAAAAGCAGCUUUGAAAGAAAUUGAAGAGAUUGAACAUAUGGGUGGAAUGGCGAAAGCCAUUGAAUCUGGUAUUCCAAAAUUACGUAUUGAAGAGUGUGCAGCUAAACGACAAGCUGCUAUUGAUUCUUGUCAAGAGGUCAUUGUCGGUGUGAAUAAAUAUCGAUUAGACAAAGAAGAACGUGUUGAUGUUCUUGUAGUGGAUAACACCAAAGUACGUGAAUCACAAAUUGCAAAGCUGAAAAAGGUUCGAGCUGAACGAGAUCAAUCGAAAGUUGAUUUAUGUUUACAAGAAAUUACUAAUGCCUGCUCUAGUGAUGAUCGUAAGCAAAAUCUUCUAGCUUUAUGUAUUGAAGCGGCUAGAGCACGUUGUACAAUCGGUGAGAUAACUGAUGCUAUGGUUAAAGUUUAUGGUCGUCAUAAAGCCUCUGAUCAUCUUGUCUCCGGUGCGUAUAGAAGUCAAUUUGCAGUUGAGGAUGAAUGGAAAAAUGUGAUAAAUGCUAUUGAGGAAUUUUCUCGAAGUGAAGGUCGGCGACCACGUAUUCUUGUCGCUAAACUUGGUCAAGAUGGUCAUGACCGUGGUGGUAAAGUGAUUGCUACAGGAUUCUCAGAUUUAGGCUUUGAUGUCGAUGUGGGUCCGCUAUUCUCCACUCCAACAGAAGCUGCUCAACAAGCUGUUGAUGCUGAUGUUCAUGUUGUCGGUGUUAGUUCAUUAGCUGCUGGUCAUAAAACGUUAAUUCCAGAAUUGAUUAAAGAAUUAGCGAAACUUGGCAGACAAGAUGUGGUUGUAGUUGCCGGCGGUGUCAUUCCACCUCAAGAUUAUGAUUUCUUGUAUGAAAGUGGAGUUGCUUGUGUUUUUGGCCCGGGGACACGUAUCCCUGAAGCUGCAAUGAAAGUGUUGGCUGCAAUUAAAUCGAAGACAAGUAAUGAAAAACGACAACACACGACGAAUUAAUCCCAUGGAUCUAAUCAGUCAAUCAAUGAUUUUUGAUUCUCUUCAUCUCCACUGCUUUGUUUAUCAGGUUGUUUAUUGGCUGUUGCAUUUUUUGCCUACCUCUGUCAUUUUCCCCUUUUGGAAAAUUCGUAUCAGGAAAUUAAUGUUUCCAGUUCUUAAAUAAAGCGCACUUUCCUCAUUUGUUGAUAAAGUGCCCAUUCCACUCACUCUUUCGUUGUCAAACUACUACUCUAUGUAUUUUCAGGGAUAACUUCAGAGACUGCUUCUAUGAAUGUGUGUUAUCUGUGAACUGUUUAUUUCGUGGAAAUCAACACGUCAUCUUUCGCUUAUUAUUAUUAUGGUGAUGAUUAUUAUUACUUGUACAAGUGUUUUUCUUAUUUCUGUUUUGAAACCAUUGUUUGUUUUUCUAGUUAGUCAUUCUAGUGCUUUUGUAAAUGUCAUGUUGCUAAAAACGGCAUUUUUUGCAGGUCACAAGGACUUACUAAACAAUCAGUCAAUACAAAUCAGGGAAUUUCCACUUACAAUAUUAUUAUUAUUAUUAAUUUCAUUUUCCUAUAAUGUUGUUAUUUAACUUGUAAUGCAUUUUAAAAGAUGGUAAUGUUUUUUUAAUUAACUUUCAUUUGAUGAAAAGAAAAAAGUUUCAAAA